AUAAUAGUCUAUAACGUUGAAGAUUACAAUAAAACACCAAAACAAGUUAAACAGUCUAUGGUACGCCAGUAGGUGUAGCCUAUACGCAUAGUCUACAUCCUCAGCCUCAAAUGGACAAAACACACGAUUGUUAUUUGUUUCCUCUGGGCAUAUUUGACAUGGACAGGCUGUUUUACCUCGAGGCUGAUCAUGCUUGAAUCACACGCUGGCCACUGAAGCAGACGAGAAUGUCACAUGACCUGCGGACCCUCCAAUGACGUCACGAUUAUUCUACAGUGGAGAGAGAAGCAGCUGGAGCUGAACCUUAUAUUGAGGGUUUCAACGAAGUUUAUUCCUUGUUGUGUGGGCUCUUGGUGAGGCAUCAUGGGAGAGUUGUUCAGGAGCGAGGAGAUGACCCUCGCCCAGCUGUUCCUGCAGUCUGAGGCAGCCUACUGCUGCGUCAGUGAACUGGGAGAGCUGGGAAUGGUCCAGUUCCGCGACUUGAACCCGGACGUGAACGUGUUCCAGAGGAAGUUUGUGAAUGAGGUGCGGCGCUGUGAAGAGAUGGACAGAAAGCUAAGGUUUGUGGAAAAAGAGAUUAGAAAAGCCAACAUUCCAACUGUGGACACGGGGGAGAAUCCUGAAGUGCCAUUCCCAAGAGACAUGAUUGACCUUGAGGCCACCUUUGAGAAACUGGAGAAUGAGCUGAAGGAGAUCAACACUAACCAGGAGGCCUUGAAGAAGAACUUUCUGGAACUGACAGAGCUGAAGCACAUCCUCAGGCGUACACAGCAGUUCUUUGAUGAGAUGGAGGAUCCCAACCUGCUGGAGGAGUCGUCUUCCCUGCUGGACCCAAGUGAAGCAGGCCGUGGCGCCCCCCUCAGACUGGGGUUCGUUGCCGGGGUGAUAAACCGUGAGAGGAUUCCGACCUUUGAGAGGAUGCUGUGGAGAGUGUGUCGCGGAAAUGUCUUUUUGAGACAGGCAGAGAUCGAGGACCCCCUUGAGGACCCAGCAACGGGAGAUCAAGUCCACAAAUCUGUCUUCAUCAUCUUUUUCCAAGGAGACCAGCUGAAGAAUAGGGUGAAGAAGAUCUGUGAGGGGUUUAGGGCAUCGCUCUAUCCUUGCCCAGAGACGCCUCAGGAGAGGAAAGAGAUGGCCGCAGGGGUCAACACCCGUAUCGACGAUCUCCAAAUGGUGUUGAACCAGACAGAGGAUCAUCGCCAGCGAGUCCUGCAAGCGGCGUCCAAGACCAUGAGGGUCUGGUUCAUCAAGGUGAGGAAGAUGAAGGCCAUCUACCACACCCUGAACCUCUGCAACAUUGAUGUCACACAGAAGUGUCUUAUCGCCGAGGUCUGGUGUCCCGUCUCCGACCUGGACUCCAUCCAGUUUGCCCUCCGCAGAGGAACGGAGAGAAGCGGCUCCACCGUCCCCUCCAUUCUCAACAGGAUGCAGACGAAGCAGACUCCCCCCACCUUCAACAAGACCAACAAGUUCACCUCUGGCUUCCAGAAUAUCGUUGACGCUUACGGCAUUGGCACCUAUCGUGAAAUUAAUCCAGCUCCCUACACCAUCAUCACCUUCCCAUUCCUGUUUGCGGUGAUGUUUGGAGACAUGGGCCACGGCGCACUGAUGACCUGCGCUGCCCUCUACCUGGUCAUAAGGGAGAGCCGUCUCCUCUCCCAGAAGAGUGACAACGAGAUGUUCAACAUGGUUUUUGCUGGUCGUUAUAUCAUCCUGUUGAUGGGGAUCUUCUCCGUCUACACUGGGAUCAUCUAUAAUGACUGCUUCUCCAAGUCCCUUAACAUGUUUGGCUCAGGUUGGAGUGUGAGGCCCAUGUUUGGACCCAAAGGAGCGAACUGGUCGUUCGACACGCUGGACAACAACGCAGUCCUCCAGCUCGACCCAGCCAUACCAGGUGUCUUCGGGGGCCCCUACCCGCUGGGCAUCGAUCCCAUCUGGAACAUCGCCACCAACAAGCUGACCUUCCUGAACUCGUUCAAGAUGAAGAUGUCCGUCAUCCUGGGGGUCAUCCACAUGCUGUUUGGGGUCUCGCUCAGUCUCUUCAACCACCUGUACUUCAAGAAGCCUCUGAACAUCUUCCUGGGCUUCAUCCCAGAGAUUGUGUUCAUGAGCAGUCUGUUUGGCUACCUCAUCCUCCUCAUCUUCUACAAGUGGUCAGCCUACGAUGCCCUGACCUCCAAAGAUGCCCCCAGUCUCCUCAUUGCCUUCAUCAACAUGUGUCUGUUCAAUUACAAUGAUCCCACCAACAAACCUCUGUAUCGAGGACAGACGGGGAUCCAGAUUCUGCUGGUGUUGAUAGCUCUGGCCUGUGUGCCAUGCAUGCUGGUGGUGAAGACCCUGGUGCUGCGUCGUCAGCACCUCUGGAAGAAGCACCUGUCCCAGAUGAGGGAAGCAGGCCCCGCUGAGAAUCUAGAAACUUUAGAGCAGACAGGCACGACCUCACCCACCGGACUCACCCAACAGGGCACGCAGAAAUUCGGAGGGGUGCGGGUCGGCAACGGGCCCACGGAGGACGAGGCCGAGAUCAUCGAGCACGACCAGCUCUCCCAGCACUCCGAGGAGGGAGACGAGCACGCUGAGGAAGAACCGUUUGACUUUGGGGACAUGGCAGUGCAUCAGGCCAUUCACACUAUAGAGUACUGCCUGGGCUGCAUCUCCAACACCGCAUCCUACCUGCGCCUGUGGGCGCUCAGUCUGGCACAUGCCCAGCUGUCGGAGGUGCUGUGGGGCAUGGUGAUGCAUCUGGGUCUCUCCUCGCGCAGUGGGGGCGGAUUCUUUGGCCUGACAAUCAUCUUCUCAGCCUUUGCCACGCUCACCGUGUGUAUCCUGCUCAUCAUGGAGGGGCUCUCUGCAUUCCUGCAUGCUCUGCGUCUGCACUGGGUGGAGUUCCAGAACAAAUUCUACGUGGGACAGGGCUUCAAGUUCGUCCCCUUCUCCUUCGAGAGCAUCCUGGAGGGGCGCUUCGACGAAUGAGGGCUCCGUGGUCCUGGAGAAUAUCAGCUGUCCCAGCAGACGUCUCUGCAUGCUCUCCCAGUCAGCCAUCCUGUGGUGUACCUAGUGAAGCCUCUACUCUUGUGAAAUGUGUGUGUGUGUGUGUGUGUGUGUGUGUGUGUGUGUGUGUGUGUGUGUGUGUGUGUGCUCUCUCCCAGUAGUUUGGAGCUGUUCACAGUGACCCCUUGACCUGCAGACACCCCGCUGUCAGUAAUUUUGCCAGAUGUUUGUGAGACGUUUGGUUUUCUGUGAUCUCUCCUGCUGAUCCCUCUCUCAUAGACACACGUGCUGGUCAGUGUUUGGUGAAGUGUUUGGCAGGGGAUUUGAAGGAAAAGUAGACAUGCAGGGAGAAAAAAGUAACUUUUUAACAUGACCUAGGUCAUGGUUGAGAUACCACUGAAAAUAUUUGGGAUUCUUCAAAAGGGUUUAGAUCAUUCCUCCCACUCUUUUAGUUAAUAAUUCAGCCAAUCAGAUUCUGGGCCCGUCAGGGUGAGGCACCUCACUAGUCUGCUCACUUUUAAACUAGCUUUGGCCUUGGCAGAACGGAUCAUGAUGUUCUUGAAUCAUGCUGUGUUUUGGUCCUGGUCUUUCCCAAUCGGAGCUGUGGAAAACCGCAUGAUUCCUCCCACUGUAAGGGAAAGGCAGAUGAAACGGAAGAGGCCUCAGCAGAGUGCCAGUAGACAGAUUAGACCAUCCAGUGCGUAGAGGUCCAAACUACCAGUGUCUGUCGCCUGACACCAGAAUGAGAUGGCAACAGUAACAGUGGAGUGUCGGGGAUUCCCCCUGAUUCACUUUUUUCUGCUGUUCUUUGCCAUUGUUGUACUUCACAGACUGUGAAGACCCGCAAAGCUGUUCAGAUUUCAAAGAUUGUACCAGCUUGUGUUUUUGUCGUUUUGCAGUAACAGUGCCCUCUAGUGGGCUCGUUCAGUACAGAAAUGAUGCUCCAGAUGGCAACUGACUCUGGGCAGCAUGCCGGGCCAGUCUGGCAAUCUCACUAACAUAUCUGGAAUCUAGAGGUGGGCCUAAUAGAUCUUGACACAACGUAGUGCAGCUUCUUCUUUGAGCAGUUUUGCCAAGCAAUUACAGAACUGGGCCCUAUGACUGUGACUGGCUAAUUGCACCAAGUUGCCCACUGAUAAAAGGUCUCCAGGACGGAAAUGUGUCCCUCAGCAUUAAAAAGGGAAAGUAUAAUAACAUCAUAAAUAAGCAUUGUUCAAUAUAGUUCCCCUGUCUAUCAUUGUCUUUAAAUGUGGAGUAAACAGAUGCCCAAAAUAUACAGGUUAAAUGAAGACAUAACAGGUGUGCAGAACAAGUCCUUUACUUCACAAACACAUAUGGCCAUGAAGAGACACUGAUCUCAUGCCAUCAUAUCUAUAGCAUACAACACAUCACACAUUAUAGUGAUUGUAAUAGCUCUGAAUAUCUGAUGGGGAGUCAGGAGAUUGUGUACGUGUUGACAAGCUCCUGUCACAAGUCAUCUUGCUGUACAUUUAGAUAAGGUAGUGUGAAUUUCGUCUGUCGUGGCGGUUUUAAGCAGUUCUCAAUAAGACAACAUAUCUAAUCAUGUGAAAUGUGGUAGAUGUUUUUAUUGUCCCUGCUUCUGUUUACAGAGUGAUACGAUAUGUUUGUAUUUUAAGUCAGUGUGAACAUUGAAGGUGAUGAUGACUUGUCACUGUUGUUCUUGCAGACGUGUGUGAAUGUGUGUACUGUUGCGAAAGAGGGGACCUCACUUAAAAUGGAAGACAUUGUGACUGUUCUGAAUCCAGUCUGCACUUUGUUGUACGGUGUGUGUUUAGCUCUGUCCUUUGUGAAUCACAAACUUUUUGUGAACCCUCAAUAAAUUACAGCUGCUGGGA